UCGAAGAAGAAUUAGAACACAUGCGUCCACACUUGCUUCCUGCUCAGUUCCACGCGUUGUUCAGAAUCAAAAGGUAGCUCGUUUUUAAAACAAAACUAACAAUGCCUAAAGCCAAAAAGAAAAGGAAAGGAAACACGUUUGACUACAGUAAAGACAGAAAGAAACUUAAAAAGCAGUUUAAGAAAAGGGAAACCCCGAGAAUAGAGUGUCCUCAGAUCCGAAAUGCCUGGAGUGACAAAAAGUCUGUGGCAAGAAACUUGCGAGACAUGGGUCUGGCAUUUGACCCAAACCGCGCCCUCCCAAUUAAGACACCAGCUAUUGCUGCUGUGGGGAGAACUGAAGAUGCUCCCGCUCCCAAACUUGUAAGGAAGCCAUAUGUACUCAAUGAGCUGGUGGCUGAGGCCAGUCUCCCAGAGAAAGACACAAAGACCUUAUCCACAGACUUGAUCGAGUAUGUGCAGUACAUGGUCAGGGAACACAGUGAGAACUACAAGGCUAUGGCCAGAGAUGAGAAGAACUAUUACCAGGACACUCCCUCGCAGAUCAGGAGGAAAGUGGACCAGUAUAAACGCUGCCAUCCAGAGGAAUACACCACCUUCAUGGAGUCUCUCAAAGGGGGGAAAGCAGUUUCCACAUAACUGGCUGUCUGUGGUGGGAAAAGACUUUCAAUGUGAAGGGGGGAAGAAACCACUCCUCUUCAGCAAGUAUUCUGUGACUGUGGCGAAGAUGAACAGGAGAUGGGGGUCAAAGUGCACCCAGAAACAAGCUUUCUUAAUUUAGAAUAGACGUUGAGUUGGGAUUUUAAAGAACUGUAAACAUUUGAGAAAGACAAGAUUUAACAUGCAUAAAAUAAUAUUUUUUUUCCUUCAUACUUCUAGUAUGUUUCCCCAAAAUACAGUUACAAAUUAUAUACAGUAAGAACAUUUAAGUCUGCUUUUGUAAUGAUGUCAACGUAUGUUUGUAAGUCUCAUUAAAGCAUUUCCUCUUUUGAUUUUUUUUUUGGAAGAUGUAUAAGCAUAGUCAUUUGCCAAGCUUGUACAAAAGGUUGUAACAAUGUCACUAAAAAAUAAAAGUGAGAAACCUUA